AAUUUGUUUUAACGUUCGUUUAAUGACGAGCCUAAAUCUGACGGUCAGCGUGAGUUUCUUGAGAAGAGUUUAUGAUAGUACCGGCACCAUUGCAACCUUCCCCUGUUGAGCCAUCAACAACUUCGAAGAUUCAAGCAUUGGUUGCAAAGCUGAACUUCAUCUUCUUUGCACCAAUAAACUCGCAUCAUUCUGAAAAUGGCGUUUUCUCUCAAUACAAACCUCAACCAACCUUCUCUCAGUUGCGGAACCAAGCUUUAUUCAGGAUUGAAGCUUCAAUCUCCAAGACUGUAUUCAACUGGGAGACCUAAUUUGACAGCAGAAUUCUAUGGCAGGGUUAACAAGAGCCUUCACUGCGGGAGUCGCAACCAUAGACCAAUUCGAGCCGGAGUUAGAAUGAUGCCCAUAGGAACACCAAGAGUGCCCUAUAGAACUCCUGGUGAGGGAACUUGGCAAUGGGUUGAUUUGUGGAAUGCCCUAUACCGAGAACGUGUGAUCUUCAUUGGACAAAAUAUAGAUGAAGAAUUUAGCAACCAAAUAUUGGCAACAAUGUUGUACCUUGACACUAUUGAUGAUUCCAAAAGGAUUUAUUUAUACAUCAAUGGUCCUGGUGGAGAUCUUACUCCAACCUUGGCCCUUUAUGAUACUAUGCAGAGCAUAAAAAGUCCUGUUGGUACCCACUGUGUGGGAUUUGCUUAUAAUCUGGCAGGUUUUCUCCUUGCAGCAGGGGAAAAGGGGAAUCGCUCUGCAAUGCCUCUUUCAAGGAUUGCUCUACAAUCACCAGCAGGAGCUGCUCGUGGUCAGGCUGAUGACAUUCGAAAUGAAGCAAAUGAGCUUCUUAGGAUUAAGGACUAUCUUUACAAUGAAUUGGCUAAGAAAACAGGACAGCCCUUUGAGAAGAUUAACAAGGACUUGAGCAGAAUGAAACGCUUCAACGCUCAGGAGGCUCUUGACUACGGGCUCAUUGAUCGUAUAAUCAGGCCACCUCCAGUGGAUGCUGACACAACUCCUAGAGAUCCAUCAGCAGGUCUUGGUUAGGGUAAUCUAAUGGUUGUGGAAUCGGUUUAUGGUUGUUAUAAAUUAGUGUUUUCACAUACCGUGUAAUUGACUAUUCAAUUAGGAAGUUCUACAUGGAAGUUUGUUCUUGUGGUCGUCUUUAAUUACUGGCAUAUGGUUAGAGCUCCUUGAAGGCUUAAAUUUUGAUAAAGAAAGGUUUCCAGAUAAAUUGAUUGCCAUCAAUUAUCAAAGUUUGUCUCAUGGAGGAACAGCAGCUCCACUGGAUGAUCUGAUUCUUAGAUUUUUUGUA